UUCGGGUGGUGGCCCAACGUGCCCAGCUUGGGGCAAAGUGCUGUGGCACAGACGGUAGGUCGGGCGGGCUACCGAGGAAGCAUGGGCCACAUCCACAAGCUGCAGCAAUCAGAUAGAUGGAUGGAUGAUCGCGAGCACCACCCCCAUCCAGCUGUAGGUGGGCUUCUGCAACCUAGUGGGGCCGCAAUGGGGAGGCAGAGGUACGACACGUUGGACAGCGCAGGCAGCGCAGACAGCCCGCCCUUGAUGCCGUGGCCAAUUUCGUCAGGCCAGCGCAGGCCCCCAGACGCAUCUGACGCUGGGGAGGGAGGAUCGAUGGCUUGCCGGAGAAGACAAUGGAAAAGCCUCAGCGUCGCCUCGGUUGCAACGGGGCCCAUGAGCCUGACCGCAUCCGACAUCAACGAGUCCAACCCUCUUCGGCAGGUCGCCCGCCCUUGGUCGCCUCCUCUCGCCCGGAAACGCUUAGAAUAG